AUGGUAGUUUUCUAUGCUGUGUACUAUGUGGUCCUAUCUGUCUGCUUUGCAGCAUUCAGAAUUAAAAUGUUGGAUGGUUUGGCACCUUUUGAUUUCAAGACAAAUCCCUCCUGGAUUGACCCAUACUAUUUAGUUCUUCUAAUAUCAUUGGAAAUAACUUUCUUCAUUUGUGGUCUGCUGUUUGCCCUGGUUGUGGAAGAGUGGGUUUGGGAUUAUGCUGUAACAGUUACUGUUAUUCAUAUCAUCAUAACUUCAGCUGUUAUGUCUGAAUUCCCUCUGAUGUUACAUUGGUGGCUGGCACUAGGAUCUGGUGUAAUUUCAAUGAUUUGUGGAGGACAGAUUUUGGCAUACUGUUUGUUCAAAGACAACUUCAUUUACCCCGUUCUGGAUGAUUUUUGA